AUCGAGCCAUUAUAUUCUUCUGGGAAGCUUAAUCUCAGCUAGAUGCUACAUCGCGGCGUUCCUUUGUGUAAGUUUGAAAACGUUGUGCGGAUAAGAUAGGCCGGAUUAUCAAGCAAAAAAUUUAUAACGUGAAUCCGGAAAUGAGCCAGCUAGCCCAAAAUGAGUUGAAUGCGCUAAGGGGAGCGGUGGGUCUCCGUCUGGAUCAGCAGGGUGAGUUUCGGCGAAGGGAACAGGAAGUUGCGGCUAUUGCCGCCAGGAUCGCCAACAUCGAGAAAAUGACGCGCCAGUUUGAAAAACAGACAGUCCUUGACGGUCACGGCACGGAGAUACCAGACGGCGGGGUGGCAUUCUCCGCGAGCCUCUCCUCCAAUACGCACUUCCGGUCCGGUGAGACGCUUAUCUUUGAAAAUGUUCUAUUGAAUACCGGAAGUGGUUUUGAUUCGCGAUCUGGGGAAUUCAAGGCACCCUCUGCGGGAAUCUAUCUCUUCUCAGUCACGGUUCGGGCACAGUUUCACAGAACUGUUUCCGCUGUCGUCGAGAAAAACGGCGGCAUGUUGGCGCGUCUAACGUCCGGUUAUGGGGCGAUAGAGCGGGCAACGUCGUCAAUGACGCUUGUGGCGGAGCUUCAGAGUGAUGACGUCAUCAGGGUGCGUCAGGCGGCCGAUACAUCCGGAGAAUACUACGGCAAUUGCAAUACAGUGUUUUCGGGCGUAAUGCUUGAUUGAAGAAAUAUCAUCAAUCUAUCAAUAUGUAUGAACAACAGCGGUUAAAUUACAAGAUUGCUAUUAUAGCUGAAAAAAUAAGUAGGUGGUUUAUUAAGUUAUUCAUGUAAAUGUUUAGUACGUAUGAUAGAUUUUUUUGAUUUUGCAUGCAAGCAUUCAUUUGCAGACUUUUUUGCAAUAUAUCGUGGUAUAGCCUAAUUAAAAUAUUACAAUAGAGUAUAAUAAAAUGUUACUUCAACUCUAACAAACAAUGAUACAGUUUAAGAAAACAAAAUUUUCUGAAAAGAAACAAGGGCAACAGUUGUCACAUUGUAUUCGAGCAGAUAUUUCUUUUAGUCCUAUGUGAUGUUGCAUUCCCUUACAUACUUACUGUAUUCCCAGGCGCCAAAAUAGCGAUCUGACACGAGAUGCCCAAUGUAAUUUUAUGAACAUAAAGUUUAACAUAUAUGUUUGCAAAAAGGAAUUUCGGCACUUCAUAAUAAAUAUUUAAAUACCAUUGUGUCAAACGUAUUGUAGUAAUGAACAUGACAAUAUAAAGAUAUAGUCAGUUUUUGACUGGUCUAAGGGAACAUGGCUUUAUCUAAAGUAAGUAGUCAAUUAUUACCACUAAAAGUACGAAUGUCAAUACACAUGAACUUUAUUUGCAAGUACCAAGGCUGUCUUGUCCGGAAAUAGCAAUUUUGUAACGAUGUUACAUUACCAUACAUUGUACAAUUAGCAAAAUCAAUUAUUUCAUUGUGUACUUGAAACCAUAUUUUUUCUAUAUUACUUACACCAGAUUAUAAUACCAACUAUUUAGGUGCAUAAUAAAACUAUUAAAUUGUUUCUUAAGUAACAUGCCUGCACGUGAUGUGAAUAACCGGUAAUUGUUUUAUUAUUUACUUAAGGAAUAAUAUUUUUCUAUCAUGGUUUGUUGUCGAAUAACACACAGUAAGGAGUAUAGAUGCGUAGGAAUUAAAUCACGAGUGCGAAGCACGAGUGAUUUGAUAACACGCAU